ACUGGUUUAGAGGCCAGCUGGGUUCUGAUUUGUGAAAAAGUCACUAAAUCUUCCCAUUCAUCUCUCCCUCUCUCUCACAUUGAAAAAAUAAAAUUGUUUUUUUUCUUUUUAGAUGAACAGUCUUAGACUAUUGUAAUUUGAUUGAGUAAUGAUGUAAAAGAAAAGAGACAAGUGGAAGAGAAAGAGAAAAGAAAAAGGAGAAUUUCUAAUUUCUUCUCUUGUAGGUUUGGGUUUUGGGGAGGGGUGUUCAUUAUUUUUUUGGGUUUUCUUUGAAGCUUGUGUUGUUGGGUUUUGUGGGUUUUGGAUUCUUGCUUUAAUUUUUCUUGUUUUGGAUGGGAACUGAGAGGAGGGAAGAAACAGUGUUGAAGAAGGAGAAGAAAUCUGAUGGGGAAUUUAAGAGAGGGCAAUGGUUGUUUCAUAGUUGUAUACUAUUACAGCCUUGUACAAGUUGGUCUUGUUUUAGACAAGGGAGUUGCUCUUUUUGCAAGUGAACAUCCCUUGAGCACUUGAAAAAAAAUUUUCUGACCAAAAACAACCAUACACAUACAUAAAAACUAAAGGCUACUUUAAAAACAACAAGAGAAAGAGAUCUGUUUUUAAAAGAGUGUUCUUUUCAUCAAGUUCAUCAACCAUGAAGAGAUCACUUGGCAGCUCAGAUUCCUUGGGUGCUUUGAUGUCCAUCUGCCCAAACACAGAUGAACAUAGUCCAAGAAACAACCAUAUUUACAGCAGAGAGUUUCAGUCGAUGUUGGAUGGAUUAGAUGAAGAAGGGUGUGUGGAAGAAGCAGGCCAUGUUGCUGAGAAGAAGAGGCGGUUAAGUGUAGAUCAAGUUAAGGCCUUGGAGAAGAAUUUCGAGGUUGAAAAUAAGCUAGAACCUGAGAGGAAAUUGAAACUAGCUCAAGAACUUGGUUUGCAACCUCGACAAGUUGCUGUCUGGUUCCAAAACCGCCGUGCUAGGUGGAAGACCAAGCAAUUGGAAAGGGAUUAUGGCCUUCUCAAAACCAGUUAUGACACUCUUAAGGUCAAUUAUGAUACCCUCCAGCAUGACAAUGAAGCUCUGCUCAAAGAGAUAAGAGAGCUGAAAGCAAAGCUGAAGGGAGAGAGCACAGGGAACAAUCUAUCUGUGAAGAAGGAGGUGAUUGUGCCCGAAACCGAUAAUAAAACACUGGAACAAAGUGAACUACCUCCGGUUUCCUCUCUGGCUACCUUAUCAGAGCCAGCAGAACUGAACUAUGAGAGCUUCAACAACAGCAAUGGGUCAGUUGGCGCCACCCUUUUCUCAGACUUGAAAGAUGGGUCAUCAGAUAGUGACUCAAGCGCUAUCUUGAAUGAAGACAACAACAACGCGGCUAUUUCUUCAUCUGGGGUCCUACAAGGCCAACAUCUUUUGAUGUCACCGACAACAACCUCUUCACUCAAUUUCAACUCAUCUGCUUCUUCACCAUCCUCCAUGAACUGUUUCCAGUUCUCAAAAACAACCUAUCAACCCCACCAAUUUGUGAAGAUGGAAGAGCACAAUUUCUUCAGUGCAGAAGAAGCUUGCAAUUUCUUUUCAGAUGAGCAAGCUCCAAGUCUUCAUUGGUAUUGCCCUGAACAUUGGGACUAAAAAGAGAAGCCAAAAUCAGCAUGUCUGUAAUAUGGGUCCAAACCAAAUGCAAGAAAAAUAAGGCAAAACACAAAUUUGGGUAUCUUAACUAAAGCUCCAAGAAUGUUGUAAAAUGGGAAUUAUGUAAGAAGUUAAACUACCAAUACCAAGAUCUCCAGCCUGUGCAAAGUUGAAAGAUGGAGAGAAAAAACGGGAAUUUGGAGCUGAAGAAGAGGCAGAGAGAGGGCUUAGGCGAAAGGUGACACCAAAAUUGGUGCGGGAAUGAUUAGGUCGUUUAUCGUAAUUGAAAGUUUUUAUGUUUCUCUCUUCUGCUGUAAAUGGAAAAAUCUCAGCUAUCCAUUGGAGGAAAGUAAAGGUUCCUUCUAAUGGAGAGAAGCAGAAAAAAAAAUAAUCAUCAAUCAUCAUUUUCCUUAAGCUUCUUUUUCUUGUUUCUUUAUGCAAAAACAAAAUGAAAGGCCAAAUUUUAGUUUUUUCAAAUUCAAGUUAAUAACGUAUUAUUUCAGAUUUCUGUGUGUUUUUAACUGAAUUUGCCUAAGUUUUUUCUUGAAAGUUGAAAAUUUUUGGCCCGACUUUAGCCCUUUAUUGUGACACCAAAUUCUUGGAUUCCUGCCCUGUGAGCUUAAACAAAUAAGAUUCAGGUUAAAUUAAAGAAAAACAAAAGCAGAAGUGAAUUAGCAUAGUUUUAUAGCUUAAUUAGGAAAAUAAGAAUCAAAUUUGAAAAUUUAAAGACACUUUUUAAAACGUGUAUGUGUGUUUAGCAAAAAUAAGAAUAUCAAAAGAAUAUAAUAUUAUAUAAAAAACUCAGAUUUUUUUAUGAAUUUUUCCACAAACCAAACAUAGCCUACCUAAUUCACCACCUGAGUGCCAGUUCAACAUCAAAUUGGUGUUGCAACAUGUUGA